CCCAACCGAAAAUGGGUACAAAGCACCUAAUAUUAUUUAUUUUAUUAGUUGCGCCUCUUGGGCUUUUUGCCCGAAGCACCGAACCAAUUGAUGAAAUAGGAUCGAGUGAAGCAAAGGCAAUUGCUGUUGCUCGAAGUAGCGGCGAUGGAUCAAGCGAAGCUUCUGCCAAUGCUCAAGCUAUAAACGAUGGUUCAGGAUCAAGCCAAUCUUCAGCUUCUGCGGAUGCGGAAAAUACAGGAAGUGGAGAUAGUGAGGCAAAUGCCGACGCUAGUGCGGAAAAUACAGGAAGUGGAGAUAGUGAGGCAAAUGCUGAUGCUAAUGCGGAAAAUACAGGAAGUGGAGAUAGUGAGGCAAAUGCUGAUGCUAGUGCGGAAAAUACAGGAAGUGGAGAUAGUGAGGCAAAUGCUGAUGCUAGUGCGGAAAAUACAGGAAGUGGAGAUAGUGAGGCAAAUGCUGAUGCUAGUGCGGAAAAUACAGGAAGUGGAGAUAGUGAGGCAAAUGCUGAUGCUAAUGCGGAAAAUACAGGAAGUGGAGAUAGUGAGGCAAAUGCUGAUGCUAGUGCGGAAAAUACAGGAAGUGGAGAUAGUGAGGCAAAUGCUGAUGCUAGUGCGGAAAAUACAGGAAGUGGAGAUAGUGAGGCAAAUGCUGAUGCUAGUGCGGAAAACGAUGAUUCAGGAACGAGCCAAGCAGCAGCUUCAGCUAAGGCGGAAAGUGAAGGUACCGGAUCGAGCGAAGCAAGAGCUGCAGCCGAUGCUAACAGCAACGGUAAUGGAACGAGCCAAGCAAUAGCUUCAGCGAAGGCGGAAAACAAUGGUACCGGAAAAAGUGAAGCAGUAGCUAAUGCGACUGCUCAAAACGAAGGCAAUGGAUCGAGUCAAGCAGUAUCUUCAGCGAAUGCUCAAAACGAAGGCAAUGGAUCGAGUCAAGCAGUAUCUUCAGCGAAUGCUCAAAACAAAGGCAAUGGAUCGAGUCAAGCAGUAUCUUCAGCGAAUGCUCAAAACAAAGGCAAUGGAUCGAGUCAAGCAGUAUCUUCAGCGAAUGCUCAAAACGAAGGCGAUGGAUCGAGUCAAGCAGUGUCUUCAGCGAAUGCACAAAACGAAGGCGGAGGAUCGAGUCAAGCAGCUUCUAGAGCGGAUGCUCAAAACGAAGGCGGAGGAUCGAGUCAAGCAGCAGCUAGAGCAAAUGCUAAAACAAAUGGCAAAGGUUCAAGUUCUGCGCAAGCGAUCGCUACUGCAAAGACUUCUAGGAAGAAAAAACCCAGUAAGCCACCUGGAGGAACACCGAGUAACCCCGGCGGAUCUAACCCAAGCGCCCCUGGAGGAUCCAACCCGAGCACCCCUGGUGGUUCUAAUCCAAGCACCCCUGGCGGAUCUAACCCGAGCACCCCUGGUGGGUCUAAUCCAAGCACCCCCGGUGGAUCUAACCCAGGUACCCCCGGUGGUACUAAUCCUAGUACUCCUGGUGGAUCUACCCCGAACGGCCCUGGCGGAUCUAAUCCAAGCACCCCUGGUGGAUCAAACCCAAGCACUCCCGGGGGUUCUAAUCCAAGCACCCCCGGCGGAUCUAACCCAAGCACCCCUGGUGGAUCAAGCCCAAGCAUCCCUGGUGGUUCUACCCCGAAUGCCCCUGGUGGUUCUAAUCCAAACGCUCCUGGCGGUUCAAACCCAAACACCCCUGGCGGAUCUAACCCGAGCACCCCUGGUGGGUCUAAUCCAAGCACCCCCGGUGGAUCUAACCCAAGUACCCCCGGUGGUACUAAUCCUAGCACUCCUGGUGGAUCUAACCCGAACGGCCCUGGCGGAUCUAAUCCAAGCACCCCUGGUGGAUCAAACCCAAGCACUCCCGGGGGUUCUAAUCCAAGCACCCCUGGCGGAUCUAACCCGAGCACCCCUGGCGGAUCUAAUCCAAGCACCCCUGGUGGAUCAAACCCAAGCACUCCCGGGGGUUCUAAUCCAAGCACCCCCGGCGGAUCUAACCCAAGCACCCCUGGUGGAUCAAGCCCAAGCACCCCUGGUGGUUCUACCCCGAAUGCCCCUGGUGGUUCUAAUCCAAACGCUCCUGGCGGUUCAAACCCAAACACCCCUGGCGGAUCUAACCCGAGCACCCCUGGUGGGUCUAAUCCAAGCACCCCCGGUGGAUCUAACCCAAGUACCCCCGGUGGUACUAAUCCUAGCACUCCUGGUGGAUCUAACCCGAAUGCCCCUGGUGGUUCUAAUCCAAAUGCCCCUGGUGGAUCGAACCCUAGCACCCCUGGUGGUUCUAACCCGAAUGCCCCUGGUGGUUCUAACCCAAGCACCCCUGGUGGAUCUAAUCCGAAUGCCCCUGGUGGUUCUAAUCCAGACAACCCUGGUGGAUCUAACCCAAGCACCCCUGGUGGUUCUAAUCCAAACGCCCCUGGUGGAUCGAACCCUAGCACCCCUGGUGGAUCUAACCCGAAUGCCCCUGGUGGAUCUAACCCUAGCACCCCCGGUGGUUCUAACCCGAAUGCCCCUGGUGGAUCGAACCCUAGCACCCCUGGUGGUUCUAACCCAAAUGCCCCUGGUGGAUCUAACCCAAGCACCCCUGGUGGUUCCAAUCCGAGCACGCCUGGUGGUACCAGUCCAAGCACGCCUGGUGGUACCAGUCCGAGCACCCCUGGUGGUUCUAACCCGAAUGCCCCUGGUGGUUCUAAUCCAAGCACCCCUGGUGGUUCUAACCCGAAUGCCCCUGGUGGAUCAAACCCAAACACGCCUGGUGGUACUAGUCCAAGCACCCCUGGUGGAUCUAACCCGAAUGGCCCUGGUGGAUCAAACCCAAGCACCCCUGGUGGUACCAAUCCAAGCACGCCUGGUGGUACCAGUCCCAGCACCCCUGGUGGUUCUAACCCGAAUGCCCCUGGUGGUUCUAAUCCAAGCACCCCUGGUGGUUCUAACCCGAAUGCCCCUGGUGGAUCAAACCCAAGCACCCCUGGUGGAUCUAACCCAAGCAACCCUGGUGGUACCAAUCCAAGCACCCCUGGUGGUACCAAUCCCAGCACCCCUGGUGGCUCUAACCCGAGCACCCCUGGUGGUUCUAAUCCAAGCACCCCUGGUGGUUCUAACCCGAAUGCCCCUGGUGGAUCAAACCCAAGCACCCCUGGUGGAUCUAACCCAAGCACCCCUGGUGGUACCAAUCCCAGCACCCCUGGUGGCUCUAACCCGAGCACCCCUGGGGGUUCUAAUCCAAGCGCCCCUGGCGGAAGUAACCCUGGAGGAUCGAAUAAUCCGAACAAUCCUGGAUGUCCUUCUAAUCCAAGUGGCCCAGGAAUUGAUCAAGGUGAAACUUCGAGUCAAGCUGCAGCUCUUGCUUAUGCUCAAGCCAUAGCGAACGGAUUCUCAUCUGCACAGGCACUUGCUCUUGCUUCGGCUGCCAGUCGAAAGAAUCCAUGCAACCCUGGUGGUUCUAAUCCAAGCACCCCCGGUGGUUCUAAUCCAAGCACCCCUGGUGGAUCUAACCCAAGCACCCCUGGUGGUACCAAUCCAAGCACCCCUGGUGGUUCUAACCCCAAUGCCCCUGGUGGAUCAAACCCAAGCACCCCUGGUGGAUCUAACCCAAGCACCCCUGGUGGUACCAAUCCGAGCACCCCUGGUGGGUCUAACCCCAGCACCCCUGGAGGAUCUAACCCGAGUACCCCUGGUGGUUCUAAUCCAAGCACCCCUGGUGGUUCUAACCCGAAUGCGCCUGGUGGUUCUAAUCCAAGCACCCCUGGUGGUUCUAACCCGAAUGCCCCUGGUGGUUCUAAUCCAAGCACCCCUGGUGGUACCAAUCCCAGCACCCCUGGUGGCUCUAACCCGAGCACCCCUGGUGGUUCUAAUCCAAGCACCCCUGGUGGUUCUAACCCGAAUGCGCCUGGUGGUUCUAAUCCAAGCACCCCUGGUGGCUCUAACCCGAGCACCCCUGGUGGUUCUAACCCAAGCACCCCUGGUGGUACCAAUCCGAGCACCCCUGGUGGUUCUAACCCGAGCACACCUGGUGGUUCCAAUCCAAACGCCCCUGGUGGAUCAAACCCAAGCACCCCUGGUGGAUCUAACCCAAGCACCCCUGGUGGUACCAAUCCGAGCACCCCUGGUGGUUCUAACCCGAGCACACCUGGUGGUUCCAAUCCAAACGCCCCUGGUGGAUCUAACCCAAGCACCCCUGGUGGUACCAAUCCAAGCACUCCUGGUGGUACCAGUCCGAGCACUCCUGGUGGUUCUAACCCAAGCACCCCUGGUGGUUCUAACCCGAAUGCCCCUGGUGGAUCAAACCCAAGUACCCCUGGUGGAUCUAACCCAAGUACCCCUGGUGGAUCUAACCCAAGCACCCCUGGUGGAUCUAACCCAAGCACCCCUGGUGGUACCAAUCCCAGCACCCCUGGUGGCUCUAACCCGAGCACCCCUGGUGGUUCUAAUCCAAGCACCCCUGGUGGUUCUAACCCGAAUGCCCCUGGUGGAUCAAACCCAAGCACCCCUGGUGGUUCUAACCCGAAUGCCCCUGGUGGAUCAAACCCAAGCACCCCUGGUGGUUCUAACCCGAAUGCCCCUGGUGGAUCAAACCCAAGCACCCCUGGUGGAUCUAACCCAAGCACCCCUGGUGGUACCAAUCCGAGCACCCCUGGUGGUUCUAACCCGAAUGCCCCUGGUGGAUCAAACCCAAGCACCCCUGGUGGUUCUAACCCGAAUGUCCCUGGUGGAUCAAAUCCAAGCACCCCAGGUGGAUCUAACCCAAGCACCCCUGGUGGUAAUAAUCCGAGCACCCCUGGUGGUUCUAACCCUAGUACCCCUGGUGGUACCAAUCCGAGCGUCCCUGGUGGAUCUAACCCGAGCACCCCUGGCGGAUCUAACCCGAGCACCCCUGGUGGUUCUCCUAAUAACCCUGGAGCUUCUCCUAGCGGUCCAGGUGUACCAGAAUGCAAACCUAUUAUCAUUUACAGAAAUAUAAACCGACGUACCAAGGAUCGUUAUCUUUAUGUACCAGAAAUAAGAAUAACGGAACGUAAGGAAAGAGAAGAUAACCGUAAACGUGAACGUGAAAUUUACCGUUCAAGGCCUCGCGUGUGCGCAUGCCCUCCUAGGAGUUAGAGGGCAGUAUUGUAAGAAGAAUAUGAAGUGGAUCUUUAUCCUAACAACCUUUGCGAUACCACAGGACAUCAAACAUAAUAUUAUAUAACAUAUAUAUUUAAAAUAUGUAUUACUAAUAUCUUACUUUAAAAAUAUAUCGAGCAAGCAUAAA